AUGGCUUCACCAGGGGAGAAGGCUCUCCUCCUCCUCUUCCUAGUCCAUGUAGUCUCAGGUAAGCAGCAACCCCCUUCCAAUUUGCAACAGUGGAUCAUUCCUAAAUUACAGUUAGAUCCAAACAGGAAACAAGUGUAGCAUACACACUUAACAUGUUGACAAUUUGUGGGCGUGUGCGCGUGCGUGUCCGUGCUUGUGCGUGUGCAUGUGUCUGUGCAUGCGAUAUGCCCCUCUCAGCCCUGCACCCAGAUUUGAUGUCUUCCAUGAUGCUCAACCCUGACCCCGUGACCCCAGGCUUCCCAUCUCCACCCGCUCGCUUCCAAGACAUGGCCAAGAAACUGGUAACCAAUCAAUCAAACAAACAACCAAUCAAACAACCAGUCAAUCAAUCAACCAACCAAUAAAUCAAUCAAUAAUCUAUCAUAUGGCCUGCCUCACCUGACCAGGUGUGACCUCCCUCACCAGAGGUGUCUGUAAACUGUGGCCACCAAACACAGAACCAUGUGACUGGAGGAUCUAUUUCACUGCUUUCACCUGAAGGACACUUGCUACUCCCUCCACCUUGUUCAAACACACACCUCUGGGAGCUGUUACUACAGUACUGAUCAGUACACACACAGUUGGCCUAUGUUCAUGUUACAGUUACACCAUCCCCACCUGUAGUUUAAGCCAUAUACAGACUCAUUCACCAGCUAUAUGUAUUGUGACACCCUAGAAGGCUGACUGGCGAGGCUGUCUCACACCUCACUGUAACGUGGUAUUACAUUAUACAUAUAAAAUCUAUAAAAGUAACAUUUCCGUAGUUCAUUUUGGUGUCCCUCUGUCCCCACAGAUGAUGAGAUGCCUGCAAAUAGGUGAGGACACAGCACACACCUCCCCAACCUAGUAAACACAGAGGGUAUUACUAAUGUAUCAUUGUAAUAAUAUUGCUUAUGAACAACAUGGUGGUAACAGCACAACACACUUGGUAUAUUGUUGCAUACAUUAAAACAGUUUGAUGAUGCUGAUUAAAUCAUCUUAGUUUUCCAAGUCCCUGUGUGUUUCUUAAUUCGUGGUUGCUAUGUUACAGGACACCUGAUACCCAUGAUGAUGGACAACCCCUUUAAUAACAGGUAAGGUGACCCUUGUGUGUGCAAAUUAAUGGAUCUACAAGUUAACCCCCCCACCAGAACAGGAACCAGGACAGACACACAGACCAGAACAGAAACCAGGACAGACACACAGACCAGAACAGAAACUAGGACAGACACACAGACCAGAACAGGAACCAGGACAGACACACAGACCAGAACAGGAACCAGGACAGACACACAGUCCAGAAGGAGUACAGAAAUGGCCUGCUAGACCACCACAGCCUGAUAUGACAAGUGAGAACCACCUCUGCAGAGGUAGAAUAUGUUACAUUGUUCAUUAUUAGAAUUAAACUAAAUACUGAUACAAAUAUGUUUAGUUGAGAUUUUAGAUGUUAGAACAACCUUUGAUUUAUCAAGCUCUUAGAAACAGUCUUGUUUUGUAUCUUUGAUUUAUCAAGCUUUUAGAAACAGUCUUGUUUGGUACCUUAUGACCCAAAUACUAAUGAUCAAUCUCUUCAAGUCAAACCGGAGAAAGAGAAAGAUAGAGAGGAGGAGAGGGACCCAAGUAAAGAGGGGGAGAAGGGAAGGGAAAGAGGAGGAGAGGAGAAGGAGGAAAAACCAUUGAAAGGUGGGAAACCUGAAGGAAAACAAAUGGAAAGAAAUGAUGAGAAAAUACAGCAAACAAGCUUGAAGAAGAGGAGGAGAGCAGGGAGGAAGGAGAGAAGGACCGAAGCAGAGUGAAGAAAGGAGGGAGGAAAGGAGGAUGAGGAUGAGGAAGAGGAGGAGAGGGAUGAAAAGGGACAUAGACGUGGGAAGUAGGGGUCCUGAGGGUGCUGCAGCACCCCGUGAAAAAUCACCCCCAAACUACUUCCCUAUGAAAAGGGAGAGAGUGAGUUGUGUCCAAAGGACAGUGGAGAGGUGUGUGUUUAUUCGAGACACAACACCUGAUCUGCGUGUGUGUGUCACACAGAUCUUCACUCUGCAGUGUGUUUAUAUGUGUUACAUCUGCAUGUGUGUGUUCAAGUACCCAUGCUAUUUCAUGUGUGUUCAAGUAAUACUCGGCCCUGCCUGCGUGUGUGUAUGUGUGCGUGCAUGUGCGUGUGUCUGCUGAACACAACUCUGGUGACUACAACCACUGUUGUGACAUCAUGUGUGUGUUCAAGUACUACUCUGCCCUGUGUGUGUGUGUGUGUGUGUGUGUGUGUGUGUGUGUGUGUGUGACUGUGUGUGUGUGUGUGUGGGGGGGGGACUGUGAAUGUGUGUGUGUGUGUGUGUGUGCCACCCUUCUCUCUCUCCAGUGAUGCCCUGGCCCAGCCCCUGUCCUCCCAGUCUGGUGUGGCUGAAGAUUGAGGUGAUGAAGAUGAUGGGGCCCUUCCUCUCCGGGCUGCCCAUGGAUGACAUCCAAACUAUCCCCAACGACCAGGUCUGUGUGUGUUGUAGUUCUCCCCACUCUGCUUUUUCAUGGAUCACAUCAAAACUCAAACAAAUCACAGUCCACUAUUUUACAACUGCUAUUUUAAUCUACCUCUCUCUUUCCCUAGUUGUGUCAAUUCUUCCAUUCACCCCAGUUCCCGUCCUCCUUCAGAGGUGUAGGGGGACUCCCUCCUCUCCAGGGCAGAAAGAUACUGCAGAAGAUCAGAGAAUGUUCCCAGAAGAGAGAGGACUUGGUCCAAAACCUGGACAGGUGCGUACGUUCGUGCACGUAUGAGAGAAAGAGAAGGAGUGGUGCAUCUCCUGGACAUCACAGGAGGCUGCUGAGGGGAGGACGGCUCAUAAUAAUCGCUGGAAUGGAGUGAAUGGAAUGGUAUCAAACACAUAGAAACCAUGUGUUUGAUGAGUUCAAUUCCAUUCCAUUGAUUCCGUUCCAGCCAUUACUAUGAGCCCGUCCUCCCCAAUAAAGGUGCCACCAAUCUCCAGUGCUGGACAUGCAAAUGACCCUUCAUUUUGCCAAUUAUUCAGACCAUCCUGAAGUUACAUAUUUACUUUACUAAACAAAAUAGGUAUCAACGGUUAGAUUAGCAUUUUUCCUGAAUUAGCCAGAGCUACAGUACAUCUACCUUGAGCAUGAACGAGUGCUUAGUCACAGACAUUUGACAAACAAACAAGGGAGGAGAGAAAAUAACAGAUGUUGGGUGACCAAACACGGUACUGAAUAGCCAGUAGGGUAUAUUACUUAACUCUGACCUAUGACCUCUGACCCUUUCCUAUCCAGACUGGGCUCGCUGGCAUGUUUCUAUGACGACGCCCCAACCCUAAACUCCUCCAUGAGCCAGCUCCUCCUCUCUCAGCUCGACGACUGUAGCAACUCUGGAAUCGCCAAGGUAUCCCCCCAGUCUCUCUCUCUCUCUCUCGCUCUCAAUUCAAUUUAAGGGCUUUAUUGGCAUGGGAAACAUGUUAACAUUGCCAAAGCAAGUGAAGUAGAUAGUAAACAAAAGUGAAAUAAACAAUAAAUAUUAACAGUAAACAUUACACUCAGAAGUUCCAAAAGAAUAAAGACAUUUCAAAUGUCAUAUUAUGUCUAUAUACAGUGUCGUAACAAUGUGCAAAUAGUUAAAGGAAAAUAAAUAAACACAAAUAUGGGUUGUAUUUACAAUGGUGUUUGUUCUUCACUGGUUGCCCUUUUCUUGUGGCAACAAGUCGCAAAUCUUGCUGCUGUGAUGGCACACUGUGGUUUUUCACCCAGUAGAUAAGGGAAUUUAUCAAAAUUGGGUUUGUUUUCGAAUUUUUUGUGGAUCUCUGUAAUCAAAUCAAAUCAAAUCAAAUCAAAUUUUAUUGGUCACAUGCGUCGAAUACAACAGGUGCAGACAUUACAGUGAAAUGCUUACUUACAGCCCUUAACCAACAGUGCAUUUAUUUUAAACAAAAAAGUAAGAAUAAAACAACAACAAAAAAGUGUUGAGAAAAAAAGAGCAGAAGUAAAAAAUAAAGUGACAGUAGGGAGGCUAUAUAUACAAUAGAAUAAAGUGACAGUAGGGAGGCUAUAUAUACAGGGGGGUACCGUUGCAUAGUCAAUGUGCGGGGGCACCGGCUAGUUGAGGUAAUAUGUGCAUGUGGGUAGAGUUAAAGUGACUAUGCAUAAAUACUUAACAGAGUAGCAGCAGCGUAAAAGGGAUGGGGUGGGGGGGCAGUGCAAAUAGUCCGGGUAGCCAUGAUUAGCUGUUCAGGAGUCUUAUGGCUUGGGGGUAGAAGCUGUUGAGAAGUCUUUUGGACCUAGACUUGGCACUCCGGUACCGCUUGCCGUGCGGUAGCAGAGAGAACAGUCUAUGACUAGGGUGACUGGAGUCUUUGACAAUUUUGAGGGCCUUCCUCUGACACCGCCUGGUAUAGAGGUCCUGGAUGGCAGGGAGCUUUGCCCCAGUGAUGUACUGGGCCGUACGCACUACCCGGAGGGAAAUAUGUGUCUUUAAUAUGGUCAUACAUCUCUAUCUCUCUCUCUCUCUCUCUCUCUCUCUCUCUCUCUCUCUCUCUCUUCUCUCUCUCUCUCUCUCUCUCUCUCUCUCUCUCUCUCUCUCUCUCUCUCUCUCUCUCUCUCUCUCUCUCUCUCUCUCUCCCUCUCACUCUUUCCAAAGUUGUUGUAGUUUAUAGUUUAUAAAUCAGGAAUCCCUAAAGUAGGGAUUUUACAGAGAACAAUUAUGAGAAUAAUCUGUGGUGUUUAUUUUUAACCCUCUUCUUUCUCCCCCAUCUCUUCUCCCCUCCUCUUCCUCCCCCAUCCUCCUCCGGCUUCCAGCUGAAGAAGAAGCUUGCCAACACUGUGAUGUCAUCAUCUGUAGACGAUUCCAGUCCUGAGCUGCUGCAUGCGCUGGGUCCUGGUGUUAUGGUGCUUUCCCCCUUCCGUCUCUCCCAGUUCUCCCCGGACGCCCUCAAGGACACCCUAAUGUCACUGGGAUCAGAGGUGAAGUGGGGUCUGACCCAGGCCAAAACACUGGCCAAUAAACUACUGCAGGGGAAGCAGGUAAGAGAGCUGCCAUGGCUAUGCAGUCUUGCAGGUGUUACUCUUAUCAAUAUCUCUGUGUGUCUCAAUCAGUACUAUUAACAGGCUUCUCAACUGGAAUGUUUAGGUGGUCCUCUUCUAUUGUAUGAGGGGCCAAGUUAGGAACUAAUGGUAAAAUAGAGAGCAGCUCUAAAAACGAUCCUUUCUGUAUCUCCACUCUCCCUUCUUCUCUCUCUCUCUCUCUCUCUCUCUCUCUCUCUCUGACGGGCGUGGCCUCCUCUGUCCUCAGGAAGAUCAAAUCCCAGGGGCUUCUGGGUAAUGAGGGUCUGGACAUAAUGACUCAAAAGAUGACCAGGCUACAGAGAAAAGCACUGCUGGAGGGGGUAAGAGCAGGAGGGAGGGGUGAGAGGGGAAGGGAGGGGUGAGAGAGGGAGGGAGGGGUGAGAGAGGGAGGGAGGGGUGAGAGAGGGAGGGAGGGGUGAGAGAGGGAGGGAGGGAGGGAGGGGUGAGAGAGGGAGGGAGGGGUGAGAGAGGGAGGGAGGGGUGAGAGAGGGAGGGAGACGUCAUAGAAGAAAAUUAGAUGUGUAGCAAAGAUGGUUCAGGUUGAUCCUAAAGUAAUCCGUAUGUCUGCGUGCUUGCUUGUGUGUGUGUGUGUGUGUGUGUGUGUGUGUGUGUGGCUGCGUGGGGAUGUGAAUGCCUCAGAGCUGAUCCAGAAAGUCCCUGCCUCCCUGCUGUCCAGCCUAUCCCUGACCACCCUGGACAAGGCUAACCUGACCUCCCUCAACCAACUGGAGGGCAAGCAGUGGACACGCGCACAGGUGUGUGUGUGUGUGUGUGUGUCUUCUGAACAUAACUCUGGUGACUACAGCCACUGGUGUGACACACUGUCCUCUGUCUUGCAGUCGGCCUUUCUGGUCAGAAAGAUCCUAGGCAAGAAGAUGACACUUACAGGUGAGAACAUACACACACACACAGUUUUUGAUGGUGAUGAUGAUGAUGAUGAUGAGGAUGAUGAGGAUGAUGAGGAUGAUGAUGAUGAGGAUGAUGAUGAUGAGGAUGAUGAUGAUGGUGAGGAAGGCACUUAACCCUAGUUGCUCUGGAUAAGCGCGUCUGCUAAAUAACUCAAAUGUAAAUGUGCAAAUGUAAAUGAUGAUGAUGAUGAUGAUGAUGAUGACAGGAAGCUGGGAUCAGCGAUGCAGGGCGUGGCCUGUAAGAUGAUUGAAAAGGUGGCUGAAAGUGGCGUCAUGGAGAUGGCCCAAGCUGUAACAAAGACUCCACGCUGGCUCUCUAAGACACAGGUACACACACACACACACACACACGUUAUGACUGCAAUUCAUAUUAUACUGUAUGUAAAUCUGUGACAACUGAUAUGUUACAUAUGUUAGGUUAUGGAGUAGCGAUCAUUGAACAUCAUACGAAUUAGAGGACGUAUAGUAUUAUAUGUCUUUCUCUGAGACCAGGUUGCUUGUUGCGUCAUACCAACAAAGGAGAAUUAUGGGGAGAAUUUAUGUUGGUGGUUAGGUGAACUAACGACAAAAGUUAGGAUAAUUUGCGUAGCCAGUUAGGUGAAGUUUAGAAUAAGGGUUAGCUAGAAUGCUACAAUUGUCCCCGACACGACACCUUUGGAUUGUUAGAUGGUCGCGGAUUACGCCCACCCAUCCUCUCCGACCAACCUCCCUAGAUUAAUUAAUACGUCUUGGAGGUGCUCAGAAAUACAUACAAGUUUGUUUCAUAUAGCUCUGAGGCCAUGCUGGUUAUUACAGGCUUAGGGGGUAUUUUUACAUUGAUUUUGAGACACUGUUUUAUCUCCCUCCCUCUCACUCUCUCUUUGUCUGUCAGGUGUGCUGUACUGCACAGAGUCUGUUUGCAGGUUUGGAGAAAAAGAGAGCAGGCUACUUCAACAACAUUACAGACACAGAGCUGGAGGAGAUCCCCACACUGCUGCUGCUUCACCUGUGUUUCAGGGGUUUCACACUGACAGUGUAUAGCCUAUAUAUUUCAUAAUUUCCUGAAAUUAAAAACAUACAUGAAAUAAAUAUUUUCAAUUGUAGGAUAGUAAAUUAAGAAUCAAUCAGCAGGUAAUAUCCAUGGAAAAUUGCCCUUUUGGGGGCACACUAACACACACAAGCACACACACGCAAUCAUACACACAUACUCUUUUUCAUUCUCUCUCUCUCUCUCUCUCUCAGGGCUGAGAAGAUAGCCAGUCUGCCUGCCUCUGUAUGUGCUGUGUUCAUGAAGAAGAUGAAAGAGGCCAACCUGAGUUCUUUGCCUCUCACCUCUCGCUCUCGCCCCACACUGAUCAACAGAGCCCUGAGCUGCCUGGUAAACACACAACUCUAACUAUAGCCCUAACCCUACAGAUGUAGGAUCUUAAUUUGAUCACACUUUUGUGGCUGAGGAUUUUCCUGCACAGUAGGAAAUGGAAACUUGUAGUGUAUUCAAGGUUUAAAAAAGGCUUCUAGUUUGUAAUUUCUACUUAAAAAUGUCAGACUUGAUUUACCGUAACAAAAAAUGUAUCAACCCCUACAAAAAAAAAUCAAUUGAUUAUAAUCCACAUAAUAAUUCACAUUUCCUGUUCCUGAAUUAUUAUUUUCUUACUGUAGCAGACUGGCUCAAAUUAAGAUCCUACAUCUGUAGCUUCAUGUCCACAUCCCAGUUCAAUCCUAACCCUAACUUCAUGUCCACAUCCCAGUUCAAUCCGAACCCUAACUUCAUGUCCACAUUCCAGUUCAUCCUUACCCUAACCCUAACUUCAUGUACACAUCCCAGUUCAAUCCUAACCCUAACUUCAUGUACACAUCCCAGUUCAACCCUAACCCUAGCUUCAUGUCCACAUCCCAGUUCAACCCUAACCCUAACCCAACUUCAUGUCCACAUCCUGGUUCAACCUUAACCCUAGCCUCAACCCCAACCGUAACCCUAAUCUUAGUGGAAAUCACAAACACACACACACACACACACACACACACUGCAAUGAGUUACAGAGCCCUGUGCACCCCUGUGUCCCCAGGGGAGGAACAUGUCAGAGUUGUCCAGUGAGGAACAUGUCAGGGUCGCUGCUGUGUGAGCUAGCCCCCUCUCAGAUGCCCCUCCUGGCCCCUGAGGUCCUCAACUCCACGGUGCAGGCCCUGGCCUCCUGCACACAGAUACCUCCACGCCACUGGAGGGCGCUCUUCCAGCUGCUCAAUGAUACAUACAGGUACGAACAAGCACAUCAUCUCACCUUUCUAGAUAUAACUGCUACUGCCAAAAGAACAUUUGACAAAUAUCAAAUUAUUAUUGUUUCUUUCCUCUGAAAGUGACCCAUCUGAUUGGACAGCUGACACCAUGAAAUCCCUGGGUCCUCUCCUUCUGUUGGAUGAUUCUGCUGUCCGCUCACUGCGCUUUAAGGUCAGUGACUCUCUACCACCAUGAUCUCCCUGACAACCACAGAUCAAAGGCUCUUGACUAGUCUCUCCCUGAUGUUGUCUACGCUUGUGAAAAAAAUUAAGCUUUCAUAAUCUGUCAUGUUUCUGUGAAUUUUUUAAAAUGAAGAUAAUCUCUGCUCUUUUACUUUCUACCCUGGCCCCCCUCUAGUCAUGGCUGAAAGAGACUCUGUCUGACCUGUUGGACAGCCUACCCAACUCCACAGAAGUUAGAAGAAUCUCGAGUGCUGGGGUGAGCAUCAUCUUUUUUUGUUCCGCUGUUGAGUGUCUUUCUGAACUGUACUAUAUUGUACUACAGGCCUGGGGUCCAGUGUCAGGUCUGAAUGAGAGCCAGGUGCUCCAGCUGGGCUGUGUCUCUCAGGGGUUCAACCUCACUGAGCUGCCCAGCCUCCCCUUCUCCUCACUGGACACACUUUCCCGCUGCUCCUGGACACAAUAA